AUGUCGGUGAAUCUCAGUAAAAAUGGAGCAGCGCUCACGGCCGCGUAUAAAGAAGUGGUGGAUGUGAAGUCUGAUACCAACUGGGCUCUGUUCACCUAUGAGGGGAACACCAAUGACAUCCGCCUGGCAGAGAAGGGAGACGGCGGUCUGGAGGAGAUGGUGGAGGAGUUGAGCAGUGGGAAGGUGAUGUAUGCCUUCUGUCGUGUCAAGGACCCCAACUCUGGCCUGUGUAAAUAUGUCCUCAUCAACUGGACAGGUGAAGGGGUAAAGGACUCUCGGAAAGGACAGUGCGCCAACCAUGUCAUUUCCAUGGGUAACUUCCUACGGGGUGCCCAUGUGACCAUCAAUGCACGGGGAGAGGAUGACGUGGAGCCAGAGAGCAUCAUGGGUAAAGUGGCCAAGGCGUCGGGGGCCAACUUUAACUUUCGCAAAGAGACACAGAAAUACAGCGAUGUACCCAGUGGACCUGUGGGGUCGGUGUACCAGAAGACUAACGCUGUGGAUGAGAUUCUGCAAACCAACAAGGACAACUUCUGGGCCCAAUCUCAGAGAGAUGAGGAGGUGCGUCAGAAGGAGGAGAGCAAGAGAGUGGAGGAGGAGAGGCAAAGGGUGAAAAGAGAGCGAAAAGAGAGGGAUGAAAAGGAGGCUGCAGAGAGAGAAAUGAGGGCAAAGGAGAGAACCUCUCAAAUCGACCAGGCAAAGACUUACCAGAAGCAGCAGGAGUCAGGGUAUAGAGACCAGGAACAACAUCAGCCGAGGUCCUUGAACCCCAGAGAGCUGUUUAAAAAGAGAGAGCAGAGUGCUUCACUGGACAACACGCCCAGCUCCAGACCUGGGAAGCUGCAGAGCCACUUCCUGGCUCAGAAGUCCACUGAGCGAGAAACACCCAUCGAACCACGUUCCCCACAAUACCCUGCUUUUCUUCACCCAGAAGCCCCGGCUCCACUGCUCCCAAAAACACCUGCUCUGCUCUCAGAGCCCAAGGCACAGGCAGCCCCGCUCUCACCUGUCCAACCCGCAGAGUCUUCCUUCACUGAAGAGGAGUACUGGUCAGAUGAUUUUGAUGAUGAUACACAGGACACAGCACCAGAGGACGAGCCAACAGUUGCCGGCCUGGUUCAGGGUAGAGAGGGGCACAUUGGCCAGGAUGAGGUAUACGAGCUCCUGCCAUUGGCAGCAACAAAUGAGGAGGAUAACAUUUAUGAUGAUAUCUACCAGGACACACCCACAAGAAAGGAGGCCAGUGGACAGGAUGUGCAUGCCAGGGCUCUGUAUGACUACCAAGCCACUGACGACUCUGAGAUUACCUUUGAUCCUGAUGACAUCAUCACAGGGAUAGACAUGGCGGAUGAGGGUUGGUGGAGAGGCUACGGACCGGAUGGACACUACGGAAUGUUCCCGGCCAAUUACGUUGAGCUCCUGUAGUUCCAAAGCCCUCCCACAUGCCUGUACAACCAAUUAGAGCAUCAGUUGGAUCAUUCUGACUGCGACCCAUGCGAACAAUACAGGGGUAGGAAGGGGGAUGUUUCCCUCUCUGCACAGAUAUUAGAUUAGGUUUAUAAGUAGAAAGUGAAGAGAAUGGGGGUGUGGGGCUUAUCAGGGAUGUCAGGGAAAGUGACUGUCACUUGAUUACUGUAUUUUAAUGUACAA